AUCUUCUCGGAGUCGAGAGUCAGUUAAAAGUUUACCAAAGUGUAAGAAACGAGCCGCCGAUCGUCUGCGAAACUGUAACCGAUCGACACACGGAUCGCCAGAAAUCAGAUCAAGCCAUGAGUUAUUCCUUCGUUAUUUUCGUUAUUGCUUGCCUCGCGCUAACGGUCAGCGGGGAACUCGGCAAAGACGUACACUACAAAUUGAGACAAAAAUGCGUGGCCGAAGUUGAAUUAGAAGAAGAGGCGAAACCGCUCUUGGGGACACCCGCCUUUCUUCAGCAUCCAAAAGCGAGGUGUUAUUUCAACUGUUUCCUCAAAGGCAUCCAAGUGAUUAAAGAGGAUGGCAUCGUCGACGCGGAGGCAUCGCUCGCUCUCGUCGACGAGAGUAUUCGCGAAAAAGCUCGCGGCGUCAUAACAAAAUGCAUAGACGAUCAUCAGGCCGUUCCAGAUCAAUGCGAAAAGAGUUUGCAGAUUGCGAAAUGUCUUGCCGAGGCCUCUCCGGGCAUAUUCUCACAGCUGGGAUUGGUUGAAGCCCCGAAAAAAACUGAAUGAGGUGUAAACGACGGUUCGUAGUGAAGAAGAAGACGAGGGAAAAAAAAAAAAAAAAAAAAAAAUGAAAACUAAAUUACGCCGCGUAGCGAACUUCAUUACCGCGCGGUACCAGCGACACCAGACGAAAACACCACCGGGUUUUUAAAAAAUGUUGGACACGAUUUUUGUUAUUUUCGUUCUCAUUCUGAAUAAAUACGAUUUUUGUCAAA